GUCAGUUUGUAGAGAGCCACCAUGUCAAAUGAGGGUGAUUUUCCCGCCGUGAUAGAACUAAACGUCGGCGGUGUAGCAUACACUACAACACUUAAAUCACUCACGAGUCAGCCUGACUCUCUCCUUCAUGCCAUUUUCACAGGGCGGGAACCUAUUAUAAAAGAUGCAAAAAAUCGCUAUUUUCUCGAUCGCGACGGUGUGCUAUUUCGUUAUGUGCUGGAUUUUUUAAGAGAUGGGAACGUAGUGCUGCCGGAGUGCUUCAGAGAGAGGGAGCGACUUAAAACUGAAGCAGAAAAAUAUAUGUUACAUGGAUUGGUAGAGGCGAUUGCCAGCGAGACCAGAAACAGGCCACCUGGGGUUAUUACCGUCGGGUAUAGAGGCAGCUUCCAAUUCGGGAAAGAUGGUCUGGCUGAUGUUAAAUUCAGGAAGUUGUCUAGGUGUGUUAAAUGCAUGAUUCAUAUUAUAUUAGUAACCAAAAGUCCUCCAAGUUAUUGUUUUGUUUGACAAAAAUAUUUUAUGCU